AUGUAUCGAACAGGAGUACAAGCUCGCGCCGCUUUGCGCUCAUCGCAAAGUCACCUUCACAGCUCCCUGGCGCCUGCUAGGACUGCCGGAAGGAGAUACCUUACUACAGCACCUCCUCAUAAAACGUCGCGGAGUUGGAAGAAUAGUGCUUUGAGAUGGGGUCUGGCCGCUGGAGGCCUAUACUACUACAACACGAGUCCAGUUUUUGCGGAAUACCCUCAAAAUAAUUUACUGAAUCCCAACGUCGAUGCCUUGACGGACGAUGGCCGCGACCAUUCGACCCUCGAGCAACUCACGGCUUCGAGUCGAAACAAAUCUGCCAAAAAUGUAUCUACCCUGCAAAGCACAAUAGAGCGAAGUAGCGAAGACCUUGCACGACAAGAACAGGAAAAGCCAUCACCUUCGCAGCCGAGAGAUUCACAAUCGCUGGCUGCUUCUAACGAAUCACCUGCCCAAGUCGCAACUGGUGGCGCAGCUGAGCUAGAACAAGAGGCACAAGGUGAAGGCGCAUUCAAUCCAGUCACAGGUGAAAUCAACUGGGACUGCCCUUGCCUAGGCGGUAUGGCAUACGGGCCGUGUGGUGAACAGUUCAGAAAUGCAUUCAGCUGCUUCGUCUACUCGAACGAGGAACCAAAAGGAAUGGAGUGUAUUGAGAAGUUCCAGGCAAUGCAGGACUGCUUCAGGGCACAUCCUGAGGUCUAUGCGACUGAGCUCGAAGAUGACGAGUCCUUGGACGGAGAACUGGCGCAAGAGAAGGAAGAGCUGCGAAAAGAGAUUGCUGAGAGAAGAGAAGCGAUUGAGAAGCAGCAAGCAGCAGAAGGACAGAAGAGUAAAUCAAACAUCGACACGUCUGACAAGAAGCCACAAGACGAGAAGAGUACCUCCAGCUCGCAACAAACCUCUCAAUUCCAGGCACAACCACAUCGCGCAACCAGCGAUUCACCACAACCUGAAGCGAAAACCACCUCGCAUACUCCUGCCGAAUACUCCCAGCCCAAAGAGUCGGCACACGGUGCACCAAGCCAGACAAUAUCUGAACCCGCACCACCAACUACAAGCAUAGAUGCUCAACCCGAAAGUGAGUCUCUGGUACCGAAAGCUGCGCAUGACGCCUCAACAACCACGAUCGAGGACUCGGAAGGUGGAAAAAAGAGCAAAGCAUAG